UUCCUGAUAAAGAGAAAUAAAAAGGAUUUGUAAACACUUCUAUCUUUAAAUAACAAGUAUCGAGAUUUAUUCCACAUGCACAGACCAGCUCCUGGCGAUCCUCGCUCCUCGCAUUUAGAGUAGUAUUCAGAUUUUCCUUGAAACAUUUUUUCGCAAUGUUUUCUUCUACCUAUGGUGCCUGCAUUGUCCUGACCAAAACUGAAGAAAUCGACUCCAGUCCAAGGAAUAAAGAUGGAGAAAACCACGAACAGUGGUCAUCCUCUAAUCUAGUUCAGACCUAUGGUGGCCUUCCAGAAUCGAACAUGUUUCCACCUUUCUUGAUAUACGCAAAAAGCUCAAAUUUCGGGAGCUAUGCGAACAAAGGGAAAGAUUUUGGAGGAGAAUUCGCCGAUUUUGAGAACGCAGCUCAGGUAGUAACCCACGCACAAGGCGUGAAGAGAAGAUCCCAGACACCAAGCUUUAAUGAUCUUGAGAAAACAGAGGAGGUAACAGAAAAACCGUCAGAGAAAGAAAUGAAAGAAGGUUCCGACGACGAGGAUGAUUCAAGUACCGGAAAAGAGGGAAAAGGGAGCUACUGGGAACGCCGACGGAAAAACAAUGCCUCAGCGAAAAAGUCGCGCGAUGCUAGGAAAUUCCGUGAAGUACAAACGCAAAUAAGAGCAGCUUUUCUCGAGAGAGAGAACUUGCGAAUGCGUACAGAACUGAUGAUCAUCCUAAAAGAAAACGCUUGUUUGAAACGAGUUUUAUGCGCCAAAAUGACCUGAUCGAUACGCGAUACUGUGUUUUGGUCUUCUAGCGAAAAGAAGGAUUUGCGAUUGUUAUUUUUUUUGUCUUUGCUAAUGGUUAUAUCAGACCAGGUUGAUUUUCCUAUUAACAUGUAAUACUAGGCGAGUUUCCAAGUUUGUAUAUUGUUAUCCUUCACUAAACUGCGUUAAAAUGUCAGUUUUAAACACUUUGAUUUACUCAAAAUUUGUCAUUAAAAUUACAAAAACA